AUGAGACUCCAGGGUAUCGCAGAGAAAAUCCUUCCAGAAAGUCAAUCAGGUUUGAGACCAAAUAAGGGAACAACUGACAUGAUCUUCUCUGUGAGACAACGUCAAGAAAAAUACAUGGAACAGAACAAACCACUAUACUUGGCAUUCAUCGACCUCACAAAGGCAUUUGAUACUGUUCCUAGAGAGCUGCUUUGGGAUGUGCUGAUAAAUGCCAAGAAAACUCAAGUUCUCUUCCAACCCUCUCCAAAAGACACAGUUAAAACUCCACCAUCUACAAAAAUUGGAGAAACAGUCCUGGAGAACGUGGAUAAGUUUACGUAUCUCGGCAGUACUUUAUCUCCUCAUGCAAAUGUGUACGCAGAAGUCAAUCCUCGAUUACAGCAAGCCGCUGCUGCUUUUGGGAAACUCCAGUCUACAGUGUUUCAAGACCGAGACAUCAGGUUAGACGCAAAAAUCAAAGUGUAUAAAGCCAUAGUUGUAACCACCUUACUAUGCGGAUCUGAAACAUGGACAAUCUACCGCAGGCACAUAGCAGCCUAA